AGGGUCAGCGGAUGGGGAAAGACCUACAAGUGGCGGGCGGCGCAGAUCCCGGCCCCAUGGCACCUCCGCAGCGCUGUGCUCUGUGCCGCCAGACCUUCUUCUGUGGUCGCGGACACGUCUACAGCCGCAAACACCAGCGGCAGCUGAAGGCAGCUCUGGAGCGGUUUCUGCCCCAAGUGGAGGCCGCCCGCAAGGCCGUCCGCGCCGCUCAGGUGGAGCGUUACGUGCCCGAGCACGAGCGAUGCUGCUGGUGCCUGUGCUGCGGCUGCGAAGUGCGGAAGCACCUGAGCCACGGCAACCUGACGGUGCUGCACGGCGCGCUCCUGGAGCAUCUGGCCAGCCCAGAGCACAAGAAAGCGACCAACAAAUUCUGGUGGGAGAACAAGGCUGAGGCCCAGAUGAAAGAGAAGUUUCUGAUCUCCCCCCAGGACUAUGCACGAUUCAAGAAAUCCAUGGUGAAAAGUUUGGAUUGUUAUGAGGAAAAAGAGGAUGAGGUGAUCAAAGAGAUGGCAGCCCAGAUCCGUGAGGUGGAGCAGAGCCGGCAGGAGGUGGUCCGAUCUGUGUUAGAGCCUCAGACAGAGCCAGAUCCAGAAGAGGGCUCUUCAGCACCUGGAAGCUGGAAAGGGACCAACAGCCAUGUAGCCUCCAGUUCUCAGCAGCCCUCAUUCUUGGACCUGCCACAAGCUCCAGAACUUGACUGGAUGGAGCCUGGACAACCUCUGACAUUCAUUGGCCACCAGGAUAUACCUGGAGUUGGUAACAUUCACUCAGGUGCCACACCUCCUUGGAUGAUGCAGGAUGAGGAAUACAGCUCUGGGAACCAACAAAUAGGACCUUCCUAUGAAGAAUUUCUUAAAGAAAAGGAGAAACAAAAACUGAAGAAACUACCCCCAGACCGAGUGGGGGCCAACUUUGAUCACAGCUCCAGCACCAGUGCAGCCUGGCUGCCUUCUUUUGGCAGAGUUUGGAACAAUGGGCGCCGCUGGCAGUCCAGGCAUCAAUUUAAAACUGAAGCUGCAGCAAGGAAUAAACAGAAGCCUCAGAAAGGAAAGAGCUAAUCAUACCCAGGUGUUCUUCCACAGCCAGCCCCUUCUCACUGAUUCUCUUCCCACCAAGCCCUUUGUUAUGAAA